CUAUUCUCAAGCGUUGGUUAGUGUGUGGCUCUCUUUUCUUAUCCCUAUCCACAAUACCCUGAUGAUAUAAACCCCUUCUGUUAUAUAUUGCACCCGUUCUGUCUCUCCUCCUCUUCUAUUAGUCUUCAAGUUUCUCCAUAAAAAAGUAAAAUGUCAGACCAGGAAAACGGUUUGCAGGAGGACCCGCAAUGGCUAGAGCUCAAGCUCCCACGUUUGCUGUAUACCGAUACAGUUCAGGGACUCCACGCAACAAUCCAAAGUGAGUGGGACUCUCUCCGACGGUCGGCGUGCCAAACGGCAGCUGGAAGAGCCCUGUGGAAACAUGUGAUCCAUGACCCUUUUGCAGACUUGCUAGCAGGAGAGACAUAUCUCAAAAGCUUUCAUGAGAAGAUAAAGAAUGACCGCCUAAAAAAUGCUCGGGAAACUUCAGGGGUGAUUCUUGCAGUUCGGACACUCUGGUUUGAUUCGAAAAUUGAAGCUGCUCUAAGCUCCUUUAAUGGUGAGGGACAGGUUGUUCUCCUUGGCGCAGGAAUGGAUGCAAGGGCAUACCGUCUAAGCUGCUUGAAGGAAAGUGACGUCUUUGAGGUUGAUUUUCCUGAAGUUCUAGAGGUGAAGACCACUCUUCUAAAGGCUGCGACGGAAACAAUAGAUGAACACCUGCAUCCAAGAAUAACAGCAAAAUCCCUAAACAGAGUAGCAGCUGACAUUAGAAAUAAUGACUGGCUUGAAAAGCUUCAGAUAUCAGGGUUUGUGCCAGAGAAGAACACAGUCUGGGUACUAGAAGGUAUCCUCUACUACCUCUCCCAUUCCCACGCCAUGCAAGUACUAAGUAUCAUAGCUGAUAAAGGUGCACUUGCCCGCACAGUGCUCUUGGCGGAUUUCAUGAACAAACCAUCAACCACACUGUCAAAUUCCAUCUUCCACUUCUACAGUGAUUGGCCCGAUCAUCUACUUCCAUCUCUAGGAUUCUCUCACGUAAAGCUUUCACAGCUUGGUGAUCCUGAUGCUCAUUUUGGACUCAUGAACGACCCUUUGAAUCUGUUCAACAAGCUUCGCAGCUUGCCCAGGUCAGUGCAAACCCACCCGGAUGAUGGAACACCAUGCUGUCGCUUAUAUUUGGUAGAGGCUUCUGGUUUGCCCAGUCAAAGUAACCAAUAGAUACAGUCUGGUCAUGAUGUAGGAAUUAUAGGUGCCCGCCACAUCUGAUUAUAAGAGAAUAUGUAACCCACCAUUGCUUUUAGUGUUGCCUACGGAAUACAAAAAUGCAUUUGAAGUAUGUUAUUUGAAGAA